AUGGGGGGGGGGUCUCUGGAUGGGGUCUUUGGGGUUCCUCUGGUGCUGCCGGGGACACCCCCGGAGCUGGAGGCGUUCGUGGGGGGGGCGCUGGGGGGGGCCCCCUGCAGCCUGCGCCUGACACUGCCCCGGGCCCAUCUGCGCCUGCGCCCCCCCGCGCUGCUGCAGCGGCUCUAUAGCAGGAUCAAUGAGCUCCUGCUGUGGGAACCGGCUGGCCCCGCCCCCUCCGGAAGCCACACCCCCUCCGGAAGCCACGCCCCCAGCGGAGGCUCCGCCCCCCUCAGCUCUGACACCUUCAAGCCCUGCAGAUCAGCCCCAGGCACAGACUCAGAGGAGGAGGAGGAGGAAGAGGAGGAUGAUGAAGGCCCCACGGUGCCCUCGGGGGUCUCGCCUGCCCCCCCCCAGAGCAGCGUCGUGGUGCUCAUCACGGUGCCAUGGGGACGGGUGACGGCCGACUGUCACCCAACGGAGGGGUCACCGGGGUCACAGCUGGUGCUGGAGGUGGGGGAGGGGCGGCUCUGCCUCGUGCCCGCCCCUGGGGGGCGGCGGGGGGGGGCCGGAGCCUGCAUGGAGGUGAUGGAGCUGCGGCUGUGGCAUGGACCGGUGCUGGAGGAGGGGGGGGAGGAGCUGGAGGUGCCGGAGGGGGCGGGGCCUCCCCCUCCUCUGCAGCUCGUGAUUGGUCCAUGGGAUGAGCCGGGUCCGCCCCCCGAGGCCCCCCCCGGAUCCCCGGAUGUUGGUGCUGGCGCUGGAGAGUGACCUGAGCCCCCCCGGGGACACCAGGGAGCUGGUGGUGUCGGUGGCCCUGCAGGGGGCGCUGUUGCAGCACCGCCCCGCCCCCCCCGGCCAGCAUUGGUUCAGC